UCCGCAGCGGCAGUAUCGAACUGCUGCAACCCAGCGUCUUCUCCGUCGCGUCUCGUGUUGAAGGCGUUCUCCUCCACUGCAAUUUGGUGAAAUGUUCAAGGCAAUUAUUACUCUGAUUGCCUGAGUGCAAGAAAUGAAUCUAAACGCUUAACCUUGACAACCUUGAAGCCAUAUUUUCUGUCAACAACUGUGAAUCUGCUGAUUGAACAUACCGGAGCUGAAGGUCAAAGAGAAUCGAACAAUAUGAGGAAGCGAGAUUUAGCAAUUCUUAUGCUCUCAGCCUUCGCUAUUUUUUUCUCCCUCCAGCACGAGGGCGAUUUCUCGUUUAGGGAGGCGUGGAUGCAUUUAACUGAUGAGUACCCUAUCAAGUAUGAGGGAGAUCGUCUCCCGCCACCUGUCGUCGCUGAUCUUAAUGGUGAUGGAAAGAAGGAGGUUCUUGUAGCAACGCAUGAUGCUAAAAUUUUGGUCGUGGAACCCCACAGUAGGCGAGUGGAUGAGGGCUUUAGUCAUGCACGUGUAUUGACAGAGGUCUCUUUGUUGCCUGCUAAAGUACGCAUUUCAUCUGGUCGACGUCCUGUAGCCAUGGCUACUGGAGUUAUUGAUCGGCAUCCCAGACAGGGGCAACCAGUGACUCAAGUUCUUGUUGUUGUUACAUCCGGUUGGUCUGUGAUGUGUUUUGAUCACAACCUCAAUAAGUUAUGGGAAGCAAAUCUGCAGGAGGAUUUUCCACAUAAUGCUCACCACAGAGAGAUUGCUAUCUCUAUAAGCAAUUAUACCCUAAAGCAUGGUGAUUCAGGAUUGGUUAUCGUUGGUGGGAGAAUGGAAAUGCAGUCACAUAUUUUUAUGGACCCCUUUGAAGAAAUUGGAAUUGCUGAAAAGAACGCUGAGCAGCAUAGAAGAAGUGCUACUGAAAAGGAGGCUUCUGAGAACUCUGGGACAGUAGAUUUACGCCAUUUUGCAUUUUACGCAUUUGCUGGUCGAUCUGGUGUGCUGCGAUGGAGCAGAAAGAAUGAGAACAUUGAGGCACAUUCUUCAGAUGCAUCUCAGUUAAUUCCACAACAUAACUACAAGCUUGAUGUUCAUUCUCUGAAUGCUCGACAUCCUGGGGAGUUUGAGUGCAGGGAAUUUAGAGAGUCAAUCCUUGGAGUUAUGCCACAUCACUGGGACAGGAGAGAAGACACCGUAUUAGAGUUGGCGCACUUCAGGCGACAUAAAAGGAAAGCACUGAAGAAAACAUCUGGAAGAUCAAUUAAUUAUCCUUUUCAUAAGCCUGAGGAAAACCAUCCUCCAGGGAAGGACUCAAGUAAAAGGAUUCCCAAAAUUAUCGGUACUGCUGCAAACAUUGCUGGUUCAGGAAAAACUAAGAAGCCUCUUCCAUAUGUUCCAACCAUAACUAACUAUACCAAGCUUUGGUGGCUUCCUAAUGUUGUUGUGGCUCAUCAAAAAGAAGGGAUAGAAGCUCUGCAUUUAGCAUCUGGCCGCACUAUUUGCAAGCUACAUCUUCAAGAAGGUGGUCUUCAUGCUGAUAUUAAUGGAGAUGGAGUCCUUGAUCACGUUCAGGCUGUUGGAGGAAAUGGUGCCGAGCGCACUGUGGUUAGUGGAUCAAUGGAAGUUAUACAACCUUGUUGGGCUGUUGCAACCUCUGGGGUACCUGUACGGGAACAACUCUUUAAUGCUUCCAUAUGCCAUUAUUCCCCUUUCAACUUCUUUCAACACGGAGAACUUUCAAGAUUUGGCCGUACUCCAGACAUGGCAUCUUUAGAGGUUGCAACUCCCAUUCUUAUCCCUAGAAAAGAUGGUCACAGGCAUCGCAAGGGAAGCCAUGGGGAUGUUGUUUUCUUGACUAACCGGGGAGAGGUAACAUCCUAUUCACCCGGAUUGCAUGGUCAUGGUGCCGAUUGGCAGUGGCAGAUCUCAACAGGUGCUACUUGGUCAAAUCUUCCAUCACCAUCCGGGAUGAUGGAUGCUGGCACCGUGAUUCCCACACUCAAGGCUAUCUCCUUACGAGUGGGCGACAGUCGGGAAAUGGUCCUUGCUGCAGGAGAACAAGAAGCCGUAGUCAUAUCUCCAGGAGGAAGUGUACAAGCGUCAAUUGAUCUUCCCGCCUCUCCAACCCAUGCCCUCAUCCCCGAGGACUUCUCAAACGAUGGUCUUACAGAUAUUAUCCUUGUGACCUCUACCGGCGUGUAUGGGUUUGUCCAGACCCGGCAACCGGGGGCUCUCUUUUUCAGCACGCUGGUCGGAUGCCUCAUACUUGUAAUGGGAGUCAUAUUUGUUACCCAACACUUGAAUUCUAUAAAGGGAAAACCAAGGCCUUCAGCCGGUCGGUAAGAAGUAAGAAUCGAUCAAAUGAUACGUUUUUGGGUUAAGAUACUAACGGAGGAUCAAUAUGAUUGAAUCAUUUUCGUAUACUUUGAGAUGUAAUUUAUACAGGAGAGUAGAAUGUAAACCCAUCAAAAGCUUUUCAACCUGAAUCUUUUUGUACCUUAGUUUGGUUGUAGAUUCCUUCUCCCCCGCCUCCAACAUUAUUAGUAAUUAGAACAUUGUAGUAUUGCAAUUUGGUUGUUUCUUAGCCCGAUCAAAAUACUAUACAUAUUAGUGUCAUCAACCAAAUGUCAUAAUUUAGUUGAACUCUAGCUUUGUUCGCAGGAAUAGUUCAAAAGGGCUGGGAUUAACUUUCA